UCUGAGAGAGUACAGUUCGAUUUUGAAUAUCAGUUCAAGCAAGUUGAACAGCUCCACAUUGAUCACCAUGAAAUUCGUUAUCGUUGCUUUGGCACUGGUGGUCCUAGUCGCUGCCCAGGAUGACAAAUACACCACCAAGUACGAUAACAUCGAUGUGGAUGAGAUUUUGAACUCGGACCGUCUCUUCAACAACUACUUCAAGUGCCUGAUGGACGAGGGCAGCUGCACACCGGAAGGCAAUGAACUGAAGCGUGUCCUGCCGGAGUCUCUGGAGAAUAAAUGCGCGAAGUGCAGCGAAAAGCAGAAGGAAACCAGCAGCAAAGUGUUCAAAAAUUUGCAGGAGAACCGCCCCGAACAGUGGGCUUUGCUGAGGGCCAAGUACGAUCCCGAGAACAAGUACUCGUAAGGUGGGAUCAUGCCGACAUUGCAAAAUAACAUUUUGCUUUUCGAAGUUUUGCUGGACAGAGCGAUUGUCGACCACUUCUAAGAAUUUUCAAAUGCACUAGACUGUUACCCAUGUUGGUGAAAAAAUAAAUAACUUUCAACUGCA